AUGGAACAACGUAUGAGCACAACGAGGUUAUAUCCUAGGUCAGAUUCAGCCAUCGACAUAAAAGCGCGAAAACGUGUUGCAGAACUUUAUAAAUUAACUGACGAAAUAACCAAUGCUUCUAAUGAAAUAAAUGAAAUAUAUGCCAAUAAAAUCUAUCGAAAAUAUAGACGGUUAUUAGCAGUUAAUGCAAAACUAAAAAAACAAUUAAGUCAAUACCUCACAUUCUACAAUAAAACGAAGCAGACACAACAAAAAUCAUUGGUUUUUUUAGUUCGUAUUAUAUGCGAUAUUAAAGAUACAGAAAACUUUGAUGGUAAUGACAGUCGAUUUACUAAAAUAACAUGCGAUAAUAAUUAUAAUGAUUGUCAUGAAGGCGACGAUGGUGAUAAUAUUAAUAAUGGUGAUAAUGCCAAUGGUAGUGAUACUAUGAAUGAUGAAAACAAUGAAGAUAAACUAUUCAUGGCGAUGGAUCCAUAUGAAUUUGAAACAACAAAUGAUGAUAAUCAAUCAGAACAUGAAAUUAAAGAAAAAGGAAAUGAUUUUUUUCCAGAAACUGAUAGAGAUAUUGAUCAAAAUGAAGAGAAAGAUGAUGAGACAACUCGUUUACCAGUAAUUUUACAAAAUAUUAUUCGACAAAAAGCUAAAAAAAAUAAUAAUGCUAAAUCUUAUUUACUACAAAUUCCUCGUUAUCCAGCACUGUGUGAAUUUCUUUGUGAUAAAUCUCAUACGUCGUUUAAUCGUCGUCCGAGUGGAGCUCAAGUUCGUUCACUUAUUGUAAACCACUUAAGUCAACAUUUAGCUAAUGAUGUCAAAAUGCGUAUGCGUCUAUGUGAUGAAUUACGUGAGAUACAUCGAUCAUACAUGAGAACAUUCAUGAAUAAUCCACAUACAUCCGGUACUGAAUGUAUCUUUUCAUAA